UUAGGCACGCGAAUACCUGAUUUCUCCGUUAUAACCCAGCUUUGCCGUGGCGUUGUGUCCGUUUCUAAAGCGGUUUCUUAUUCGCCUCAGACUACGUGGAUACCACGUCUUGACGAGUCCGUUUGAUUUCAACGUGAUUUUCUAACAUCUUCGCGAGCCUCGUCGAUCAGAUCGAUAUUAAAUAAAAAAUGUUCUAGUGCGCGUGGGGUGACCUCCCACUUUCGAAGGGGAAAGCCUGAACGACGUGAAGAUGGAAAUAUCUUCGUCAAUAAGGGUGCGCUUGACCAGUGACAUUCGAGAUCCUCGCAGUUCACUUACCCCCGACGACGCCACAUGCCAAUAACGGCACUUUCGCUCAUUCGGAGACGAAAGAAACGGCCGGGAGACGAGGUGAUUGUACCGUCGCGGGCCGCUCCGAGUUUUAUAAAACGUCGCAAAAUUUUCGUAAUCGAGAUGCACAACGUGGCGGUUCGCGUGACUCACGGUGACAAUGUGCGAUUUGCGAGGUAUCUUAUUUCGGCAUGAAAGCGAUUUCUAUGGUUCAACAAUCAUGAAACGGAGACGUUUGAAAUCUCAAUCAGGAAAUGCGUCUCUCGCGGACCCCAAGCAACAUCUAAGGACUCGGCGCAGGCUUGUCGCGUAGACCCACCGAGAUGUCGUCGAGUGUGACGUCGCACGAGAUGACGAUGAUGCCGGACGCGGCGGAGCUGGACAGCGACGGUUCGAGCUGCAGCGAGCGCGACCCCCGAAAGCGUGUUCGCGGCGACACCGAUCCGACCGGGCCCAAGAAGCGUCGGAAACAGACCACACCGGUAAGAUUUUCGUCCAGCCUCGCAACCGACGCGCAUGAGGACGAGCGCGAGAACGAGCACGAGGACGAGGACAGCGAAGGUAAGCCGUCGUCGCGAUCGCCGUUGCCGAGCAACGACCAUCACCAUGACCAAUACCUCGAUCACCACCACCAUCAUCACCAUCAUCACCACCACCACCAUCACGAACAUUCGCCGUCGUCGAAAGACGAGAACCUGAACAACGAGUUCCGCUGCCAGCACUGCGGCCGGUUCUUCGACAGCAAAGAGACGCUUAACGUCCACGUGGACGGCGAGCACGGCGCCGCGAAUCCAGCGGCGCCGGACGUCGCCAUUAAGUUAGAGCCGGCGCAGCAGCUGGACCAGACCGAGAGUCCCGUUAGCCUUCUCAGCGUCAAGAACUUCGCCACCUCGAACACGUGGCUGACCUCCGGCGGUCAGCAUGCGCAGGCACAGAUGCAGUCGCAGAUGCAAGCGCAGGGCGAGGAUUCGUGGCCUGGCUCGGUUAAUCAGAUCGCCACGAUGACAAAUCACUUGCAGGCACUCUCGGCUUUCCCAGGCGCUCUCGCGCCGUACCUAUCCUUACCAGGUUUCCCCUUGGCAGAUCCCCAACAGGUGCCAAGAUCAUCUUUAGGAGCGGCGCCGAUAAGGAUCUUCAAUCCGGACGCGUAUUGCGAUCUGUGCAACAAGGAAUUCUGCAACAAGUACUUCCUGAAAACGCACAAGGCCAACAAGCACGGGAUUUACGUGGACUCGCCGGCGACGUCAUUAAGCACCAUGGACGCGAAUGUGUCCGGCAUCGUGUUCGGUACGAACUUUCAUAGCAAUGCCACCACGGUGAAGCUGGAACCACCGGCGACGCCGCCGACGACCGGUGUCGCCUGUGAUAUUUGUCAGAAGCGUUUUCGUAACGAAGAGUCCGCGAAGAAGCACAAACAAAAGGUACACAACGAGUCGAUGGACCACUCGGACCAGCAGAACGAGGAAGAUCGGGAGACUCCGCGCGACAGUCCCGGCGGCAUGGAAACGCUCUUCAAGCAAGAAUACGGCAUCGAACAAGAAGACACUAGUUUUAUGCCAGCACCCAGACACCUGUCGCCUCAAUCUAUUCAACAAGCGCGUGAUUCCGGCUUCAAUGCCGAUCGCCUGCGCCGUCUAGGCGUGAUAAACCCCGAAGCGUUCUGCGAGAUUUGCUGCAAAGAGUAUUGCAACAAGUAUUUCUUGCGCACGCACAAAAUGAAGAGGCACGGCAUCGUCCUACAGGAUAACGAGAGGUCGCCCAGCAAUCCCGGCGCGUCCGUCAUUUGGCAUCAGGUGCAAACCAGUCCACUAAACUUGAUCGUCACCGAGAACACCGCGAGUUCGGAGUCAAACGAUCGCACUGGCGAGGAUCAUGAAUGCAAACCUUGCGGUAUUCGCUUCCAAACAGCAGGUCUGUAUCAGGCACAUAGCAAGAAAAUACACGAGGGUGAAGAACGAGGCUCACCAAAGCAGGAGUACGACCCAAAUAGCUCUGAUCCACGCACCGACUCCAUCUCCGAGGAUCUGCAGAAGCUGCAGACGAUGAUACUGCAGUUGAACGGCCUGAAUUCCGGUAAAGGAACGUCCUGUGCCGUUUGUGCCAAGGAGUGCGACUCAAGGUCGGCCUUGCGUGUCCACAUGGCGACGGAGCACGGCGCCACGAGCGAUGAGAUCUCAUCGUCGCCGCAAGAGAAGUCGCCCGUGGCUAUUUCCGCCAUUUUCUGCACAUUGUGCGAGAAGGAUUAUCCUAGCCAAGAAGCACUGAGAAGACACAUCAACGAGGAGCAUCAGCCUGUCAUGUCGAGUGUCGUUACUUUGCCGACACUUCCGACGGUAGCCACUUCUACUACUAAUUCGACGCCAACUAGUCAAACUCCUACCGGCCAGACGACGACACCGACGACGACAACGGAAAGAAAAGUGACGUCAUUGACUCCCACAUCGAGCUACUGCGAGAUCUGCAACAAAGAGCUCUGCAACAAGUACUUCAUGAAGACGCACAUGCAACGGAUGCACGGUAUCGAGAUCGAGAACGGCGCACAAAUAGGUGGCGUGAUUUGCAACAUCUGUAACAAGGAGCUGUGCAGCAAGUACUUCCUGCGCGUGCACAAACACAACACCCACGGUAUCGUCGACGAGAACACCUCGGGAUCGACUAACAACAGGCAGGAGUCUUACGAUGCCUCGAGCACAGACGACUCGGCACUGAAGCCGGAACAGUUAGGAGACCUCAGUAACAGAUACUUCACUCACUUCACCGAGGUCUGUCCGAUCUGCAAUCGAAGGUUUCGCAGCGUCAAGUGGUUGAAAGCCCAUCUAAUGGGUGACCACGGUAAGGCGGGAAUCGAUAAAUGGCGCGAAUUAGAACAACAAUAUCAAGCAACGUCCAGAACGGGCAGCAGAAGUGUCGCUUCAGCGAAGAAUACCCAGCAGUCCUCGAAUCUGAAGAUACCCAACGGCUUCGAGAUCGCGCAACAGAUCAAAUCCGUAGAUUAUACGAACCUGGGAAAUCAGGUGCUUUCCAACCUCUUCGGCUCGUCCUCGGAAGAGCAGCUGAAGAACUACCGUUGCUCCUUCUGCAACUUCACGACGCCCGUGCUACCUUUCCUCUUUCUUCACGAACGAUCCCACGUGAAUGCCCAGGAAAAUCUCGAGAGCGAUCGAUCACUGCAGUGCCCGAUUUGCUCGCAAGACUUCCAUCAACCGGAGUUGCUUCAUCAGCACUUACUCACUAAGCAUCAAUUCCCCACGCUGCUUUCGCAAUUCCAGCAGCCGAUUCCAAAUAGACCGGACAUCGAGAAGUUGAAUGACACCAAGGACAGAGGCGACCCGGAUGCAAAAGACGACCGAGCGGGUUGCAGUCCUCAGACUGCAGAUCAGAGCGUCUCCGAAGUCGCGGCGAGGACCCAACGUCAAGACGAGACUGCGGUGCAGGUGACGCCUCAAGGCGCGUAUAAAUGCGCACAAUGCGGAUACGCGACGACGAAUCUGAAUCGGAUUAAAAAACACGUACGAAAGGAUCACAAGGCGAUCGGCGAUCCGACCGAGAGCGUGAUCGCUGAACUUAGCAAGACCCUGAAGGAGGUGGCGAACAAACAGAAGGUGCCGGUCUGCUACGCGAUGCCGCAGGACAUGAAUUCGAACCCCGACAAGACCAUCAUGCAACCGUUCCUGCUGGAGGAACAGGAUUUGUUGCAAGCAGGCGCCGAGUCGAGUUCAGCGAAAAGAUUCGCACCGGCUCUGGUCUACCUGCCAGUCAAGUCCAGAAUCAGCAACGCCCUGACCGCUUCCUUCACCCUCACCCCCGCCUGAGUGUAUUAACUGACUCAUCGUGGCAUCCUUCGCGCCUGCAUCUCGCGAAUGACGACGGGGCCCCCGAGGGCUGCCAACAUCCGCAUCUGCAACCUGAGCACGUGGUAUCGGUUCCUAUUUAUCGUAGAAGACGAGCGAGCUGCCGGCAAGUGUUAUUCGCACUGUAAUACUCUAACGUUUCACUGAUUUUUGCGUACUUUUAGAAACUUUUGCAGCUUUCCCAUUAUCGAUUAAGUGAACUCCCUGGUUCGACGUUGCGAAUCGAUAGAACCGAGAUAGAGAAAGAGUGAUGGGACAUUAACGAAAUAUCCGAACAGUCAAAUAUACCAACGUCGGAGGUAAUUCUCCGUGUCGUAUUAAAAUUAGUUUUAUGAUCGAUUAAUGUUCGAAAGCGCGAUGAUUAAGUGAGGGAUUUUUGUCGCGGACAUUCUGAGAGUUCCUAAAUCGUUUUCUCAAUCAUUAAUCGAAUCAGUUUUUACAUUACGAUAUUAUCCCCGAAGUGAGAAAGGUGAUUCUAUGUGUAUGUCUUUCACUUCGAAAAAUUCGUUCCAUGACGUGAGAUUGUUCGUCAUUGCGCGACACGUCAUCGACUCACAUACUCGAAACAUGGAGGGAUCGUCCUAGAGUAGUAAAUAGUAGGGCACUUUAUACGCGUUUUAUUCCGAUGGUUUCUGAAGACGAUAAAAUUGGCAGACCGACCGAAUAACGAUGGAAAAUAACGUGACGAGAUUGUUAUAUUAUUGUUCUAAGUAGGGAACAUGUUAUACUCUUGUAAAUACUUAAUCGUAACUAAUUAACACGAACGGGUGAUCGACAAAGUUCCUAUUUUAAAAUGCGACAGGCUCGCCUAUUACGGGGGCCUUCAAUUUCUUCACAUUUCAUUUUGUCUUUCUCUCUCUCUUUCUUUCUCUUUCUCUCUCCCCAUCUUUCUCACUUGUUUUAGCCUCGGUUUUGCUUUUGCUCAAAUUAACCAAUCGCGCGUGAAAUCGAGCGUGAUCACGUUCGAUCGGCAUUAAUAAGCGCACCACCUCUUACUGACUUUUCCUUUCGCGACUGUUCUAGUCAAUAUUUUAUAUAUAAAUAUAUAUAUAUAUAUAUAAGAACAGAGUUUUCAGAGAAGAUAGAAAAGAUUUAGAGAGGUAUUUAUCGUAUACAACACAUAUAGAGUACGCUAGACUCCGAGAGAUUGGCGGACGGCGCCAAUUAAGCGCAGUCGCUAAUUAUCGUCACGACGUGUACGGCCGAGAGGGCGAGAGCAUGACCUACAAUGGCAACAGCAUUGAAUAUAUCAAUGUGCAGAGAAUCGCCAACCAACUCAGGGGUGGACACAGUAUAACCCGCAACAAAAAGUACAAUCGUAUACACAGCCAACACAUUGCAUAGACUUUAAAUACUUUUUUAAAUAUAAUGAUAAUGCGUGUGUCUCUCGCGCGUAAAUGUACCGCGGAUAUCAAUAUAUAAUCGGUCCCCUCCUGGCCAUAGGAAGGGGUCUCGAAAUGACCAAGCUCGAUCCACUUGAAGUAUAUUUGAACAAACGGCCCCCGAUUUAUGUACGUAUAAUCUACGUGGCACAACUCGGAUUAAUUAACUAAGAAUUACAUAGUCUAGUCGGUAAAGAUCGCGGACGCUGUAGUCCGGGCUAAAAAGUUCCUCUCUGAAAGCUGUUUCGAUUUCGUGCCUUGCAGCUUGAGAAACGCGCAUAAUCUAUCGCGAAUUUCCUCGUUAUCAUACAGGUCUCGAUAUAUAUGUAUCCGACGCAGCGGACCGUUUAUUGCGAUCGAAUGUAGUUUCCAUCGAAUGUACUCUCUCGAUCAGAUCGUAAUGGUCGAUCGCCUCAUGCGCGCAACGACGUGUAAUUGAAAAAUCCCCUAUCUCGAGGAUAACUGAGAAUUAACUGAGGAAUUGUUUCUCGGAAACGCGCUACACCUACUCAUCUUGGAAUUCAUUGCGACAGUGUCUUUUUUUCAUGAUGCAUGAUGCCUAUUUUAAUCGUUUUGACGCAGGAUAGAUUAUCCACUUCCUAAAAGUUCCAGCCGUAAUGGGAAUAACAACUAUCAAUACACUUCCACAAACUCGAGGAAAAAGUUACAAGUAUGCGGUUUGCAGUUUUUCCGAAAAAUCUGAAGGAAAAUACAAAAAGGAAACUCGAGUUGUUCUUCUAAAAAUUUGCUAUUUGAAAUUGUAGCUCACUCAAAGAUUGUUCAGCAAAUUAUAAAAAUUUGUUGGGUUUGUAAAAGGCCCGGCUAAAAGAUUAUUUUCUCGGCAGCGGUCAAGGCCCGAAUUCGAUCGAAAUGCCCACAAAGGCAGCUGUCGUCGCAGUGACCACUCGAUAGCGGAGCGUGUACAGCCGUUCUAACCUGCCUAGCUUCCCAAAAUACGUUUCUCGUAGCGCACCGGUGCGCCGUCCAUCCCUCCGAUGAACAAACAUGCACGAUGUAUUUCCGCCCAUGCGACGUACGCCCACGAUAUUGCCCUUACUCUAUUGUGAAAUAAUAAGGCUACCUCAGUGAAAUUUUCCUGUACUCGCACCAACAAAAAUUCGGCCACAGAUAUUCCUUUCAAAAAAUACCGAGACGAUGAUUAUUGAAAGAAAUAUUAUAAUUUUCAUUCGUGUGCAGUUUACAUGUAAUUGGUCUUUGAAAGAAAAAGAAAAUUCGACGAUUAGAGUAAUAACGAUAUUCCUCUUAUUGGCUAAGAUAUAAAUUAUAUUUAUACACAUUUGUUCAAAGUGACACGCGAUGUAAAAUCUAAGAAAAAUUGCGCUAAGCCGUGUAUAUUCAAUGGCAAAUAGUCGCGAUAACUGAUCCGCGCGUUACAAUUCUCAAGAUUCGCUUGAACGAGCAGCAACCUAUGAGAGAUAAAUUAUGCAUCGUACAGCCGCUGUCGAAAAUAACGGGUGGGGUAUAAAUAACGCGAUCGGAUAGACGCAUCGAUUCCCAUUGAAAUGCAACAUUCGUAGGCCGACGCGUUCUGGCAAUUCGGCGAAUCCGCCACUGUCAGAGACAGCAUGAUUUAUUCCGAACGAUUUCCAUGGCACGAGCUGCUUUUUGUCUCAUGGGCCAUAAAAAUUUCCCCGCGCGCAGCUGAAAUUCGAGAACCGCGUCAUUUAAUGCGGAGCCUGCACCCCGUGACCGUUGCCGAAAAUUCGUCUGAAUUAGUAUGCGCGCACGCGCGCAUUAACAUACCUUAGGGGCGGAGAGGCGAUCGGCUAUUACGAACCCAUCGAGGGAAAAGGAAGAACGCAGUAGCGUUGUGGACAGAGAGAGAAGGAGCGAAUCGGUUGGGGAAAAACGAAUUUUUGGCGGCAUUGUCGAGCCGGCGAGAUGGGCCCGGACAAACGGACCUCCACAUCUGGCCCCCUCCCCCACCCCGCCUCCCCCUCUGAAGAGAAGGUCAGAGUGAGGAAGAGGUCGUGACCUUGGCGGGGAUUUUUCCGAAAAAGUCCGACAACGAAACGGACGGGAAGGAGGGAGCAGCGUCCUAACCUUCCCCCUCCUUCCGCCCCUGCGUCCCGCCGGCUUGCCCAUUUUUCUUGCCCCACGUGCACAGUACGCUGACAUGCAAAACGGCCACCUCACCCCGCUCUUAAUUGCGUCCCAUACAGAUAUGUGUAUUGUGCAUUUAAUGGCCUGUGCAGAACAUGCGUACAUGCGGGGGAUUUUAAUUAUUAUCGCGAGAGAGAGAGAGAGAGAGAGAGAGAGAGAGAGAGAGAGAAGGACACAUAUAUAUAUAUAUAUACACACACACAUAUAUACGGGGUGGAUAAUAAAUCCGGGCGACGCCGGGGAACAGCGUGGAUUUUCGCGCGCGUGGCUACACACAUUUCCGUAUAACAGCGAGCGGACGCGCGAUGGAUACGAAAUAAUUUCUUUGACGUGUCUCGGCGCGAAUCUCACAAUGUAGAAUAUCAAAUGCAGAUAUCUCUUUUGAAGAGAGAGAGUGAGAGAGAGAGAGAGAGAGAGAGAGAGAGAGAGAAAGAGAGAGAGAAAUCAGAAUACCACUGAAUACUGAUUAAUUCGGCGGUAUCGAUAAGAAAGUCAUCGUUUGAUAAGACGACCGUAACGAUUUUGUAAAACGAUUGUACCGAUAGAUAUUCGAGGACGAAAUUUUACGUAUUUAAAUUGUGCUGAUUUAUAAUCUAACUAUAGCACUUUCUGCCGAGCGUCAAAAAUUCGUGCGAAGCACGAAACAAUUUCUCUUCGUAACGGGAAGGUGGUAGUUAGCUUCGGUUACAUCGACACUUGCGUGGAAUUUUUAUUUCCUCUGUAUCUGUUUAUUACAUAUUUAGGUUUAUAUAUAAUCUGGCACAAAUAUUGUGAACGGACGCUAAUUGUGGUCGGUUAACCAAGCGUGUCGAUGCAACCGGCAAGUCAAAGAAAUUAUAACGAAGUUCCGAGUGGAGUCCUAACGGCUCGCAUGCCCAAAAUCAACAUUGCCUUCGUAAUAACAUAAUUGAGCGCAAAAUCAAAAUUUUACCCGUAAACCAAACGAAAAGAAAAAAAAAACACAAAGUAUAUAUUGUUCAUUAAUAUAUAUUAUUGAUUAUAUUAAGAGCGUCGUAGGCUAAGUGCAUUUCACAUGUGAACGAUAAAACGAGGAUUAUGCGUACACGUGCGUAUGUACGCUCGUGGAAAAGCGUAAUCCGUGUAAAAUGGGGGCACACAAGCGUACGAUAUAGUGUAUGCUUCUUGAAAUUAGGGGGAUUAAUUAGCAUGUCUAGUCAUUUUGGAAGCGAUUUACAAUUCCUAUACCUGAUCUAGUCACACGAUAUAGUCAAUCGAUUGCCGGCGCAAAAACAAUUUGCCGUUACUCGACUAAUCGCAUAUUUUUGUAUAAAACUGCGCGAAGAGAUGGGACCUAUAUUAUUUUUGUUAUUUUAUAUUUAUUUUCUCUUUAUGUACGCUUGAUAUCUUGCAAUUAUUUAUCUUUCUAAUGAGUUACACACGUGUGAUCGAGAAAACUUAGGUGAAUAAAAUUUAUUCCUUUCAUUUCUGUUUAUUUUCCAUUAUUUUACCCUUAUUUUAUUUAUCCUUACUUUACAUUGCAAUCUAUUUUUGUGUCUUUGCUCGAUUUCCGCGAGUCUCGUCUUUUUGGACUGAAUUAAUUUUCGUCCGUUGAUAUUAUGUGUGUACAGAAGAAUGUACACCACGUCAAUAAUGGCAUUUACAUCGUCACGAAUAAACAUAGAGAUCGUUUUCUCUUGUGUCUAACGAAAUCUGAACUCGCUGAAAUUACACCGGUUUCAAUCGCUGGUUUUAAGAUAUCGAGUUACUCGAUUCAGUUUGAUGGACGGCCGUUAGAUCCGCCGACUCAUUGGUUUUGUUUUUUUAAGGGUGUCGCUCUUAGGGUGUCUUUUUACCACUGCUGACAAAUGAUAUCUCAAACAAAUUAAAUUUGACAAAUUGCGUCCCUUUGCUCUUUUUUGCACGCUCGAAAGCCAGAAUAUUUCAAUGUUCUCUAAAAAAUGGGAAAAAGCAAAGCAACAUUCGUCGAAAAUAAUAUUUCUCGGGAUUUUUUCAUACCGAGUUGUCAGAGCAAGAAGAUAACAGUAUCUUAACAUUGUUACAUAAAUUUUAAACAAAAUUUUCUGAAAUCACAUCAUUAAGGGAGACUAUUAGAUUUAUCGUAUAAACUAACCGUACAUCAACCAUGUUUAAACCCCGGAAUGAAGGAUAAAAAUAAUUGUUUUUAUUAUCAUUUUCAUAAUUAUUCUCCGAAUCACACUGUGUGAACGAAAGAAAUUUCGAUGGUGGUGGUCGAGAUAUUUUAUUGUUUAUAAUCAACGACGAAUGAUUCGGGGCAUUAUUUCCAGACGCGGAGCGAUAGGUUCUAUCGAACUAAACGAACGAAAGGAAAAGCGGCUACGAUGGUUUUCAAUCAAGAGGGACGCGCAAAAGUCGAUGCGACACGGGGCGCUUGCGCCAUAUAGAAGUUUUCCUUUCGCUUGAUGGUGGAGUCGGUUUGAAAAGGGAAGGCGGAAGGACUCGUCGUCCUUCUCGCACCGACUCACGGCCGAUGAGUAAAUGACACAUAGCCAACCCCUCUACUCUCGCGUACGUAAACACACAGAUGUGUGCAUGCACACGCUCGAAAAACGAACGUCCACCUACACACACACAUACACACACACAUAUAUAUAUCCCGGAUGGUGCGGGGAGAUAUGUAUAAAAAUCAAUAAUAUCUUGCGGUUUCCAAGAGCACCAAAAACGAAGGAAGACGUGGAGCGAGAGUGGAGAUCUUUCACCACGUAGACAAAAGGCGGAGGAUAUUUCGUUAUCGUUUGUUAUCGUUCGAUAGAGAACCUAAGAACGACACUGAACGGAAACCAACUGAAUUUCGUCGGAUAUUUUCAGAAGAAAAAUACGAAUCCAAUUUGAUGUAUUGGAAGAGCUUCGAGACUGGAUACAACGUGUGAAUAGCCUGAAAACGAUUGGAAACUAAUAUUGUUAUAGAGCGUAUAAUGUUUGGGUUUUUAAUAUUAACUGAUAUUAGAAUUUAACAAAAGAGAUAUGAAGAUCUUUAGUAUAUUUUUAAUUGCUAUAAAUUAGUUAAUUUCAGAUAUCAGUAGUUUCAGUAAUAUGAAAAAAUUUUCUUUAAUAUUUCAAGAAAUAUCCGCGUGUGUAUGGUUUUAGAGAUUAUUUGAAAGUACCUUCAAUAUAUCAUAAAGAUACUUAAAUAAUAAUUCAUUUUCUCAAAUAUAAAAAUAAGUACGCUUUCACGACGUAAGAAAUCCAUUCCCAAGGUCUAAUCUUCGCGGGGGCUCGCAAGCUCGGCUAGCUUAAAGAUGGCUGCCGUGUUUCUUCACGGUCCGUGCCGUAUUCCACCCUCUGCGAAUACAAUAAUCGCGAUCGUUUUGUUUCCUCGUCAUUUAUUUACAAAAGGAUCGCCGAGCCCACAGUAAAUUUCAGAAAAAGGUAUUGAACGGUUCGCCCCUCCCUUCACACUGGUCCACCCUGCUUCCCCUACUCAUCAACCACCACAGCCUGCUUAUACCCCGGGCAAGGAAGUGGAUUGCAAUUAUCAAAGCCUCCCCUUCUUAAUUCCUCCGUUCUCCUUUCGCUCCUCCUUAGACCAACCAUCCCUCGAUCUCGUCCCGCUGCGUCCACUUUCUUCCCCUAUCGUCUUACGCCAACUUGUAGAAAUUUCAUCCUUCCGUAAUAAUUUCACCACCACCACCAUCGUGCCACCACCAUCGAGACGACCGCCACCCCUAUCGUCAUAUCCGCGUCUUUUCCUCCGUCCUGAAACUUCACCACGGCCACAAUCGACGUCUCGGACGAUCAAAGAAGUCCACGAAGGCCAGAGACGAGGGUCGACGAAAUGCUUUUCCACACAGGAGAUCUCGCGAAAACACAACGACGACGACGCAAUCGAAGAAAUGAACCCUCGAUUUGAGGAAAGAAAGCAUUAUGGCUGUGUCAAAAGCUCGCGCGAAAACUAAAAUUAGUGAUCUAAUUAUCUUCCUUACUUUAUAGUUAUUUUUGUACGUAAAUAUUUUAUAUUUAUUAUUGAUGCAACAUUUGUUCUCUUCUCCGAGCCGGUAACUCGAUUAUUCUUGGCAGACUAAAUGCUUUCGAAAUGAAAUUAUGCCUCCAUCUAUUGAUACCAACAAAUUAAUUAACGUUAUCGAUCUAUGAUAUUCUUGCAAUUAUAUGCAAUUAUAUUUAACUGAAUAUACACAGCGAUGGAAAUUAAAUUAUGCUAACAAUGUCGAAAUUCGAGACUCGAUAACUGUUAAGUCAUGUUAAUGAUAUUAAAGAUUGGAACGUAAAAGCGUAAUCUCAUAAGCGAUCGACGGAAAAACAUCGCAAACAACUGACGGCUGGUAUCGCGACUCUCGAAACAGUCAAUAACAUCAAAGCGCGCAAUUUUAUCACAAUCAAUCUCAUAUCCGAAAUUAUUGACUGAUUAAAUCCCUCGAAAAAAGCAACCGAUAUCUCGAGAAUUAUUUUGGGAGAUAUUUCUGAACGGCGUAUCUUCAGGAACGUCUGAUCAAGACGUUAAAAAAAAGCGAAUAACAACUUAUUCAAAUUGAUCGAUUCAAGUAGAUAAAUUACAACGUUACAUACCCCAGAAAUUUCGAUGCAACUCCCGAACGCUCAAUGUAAAAGAAUACAGAACUAUGUUGUGCGUAACGACUGCGUAAUACGAGACUCGAAACGCUAGAUGCGAUUUUCCAUGCGAUCCUAACGAAAGGUAACAAAACCGUUGAGAAAGUAUACAAAACUCGCGCUCGUGUUUCAGUUUCAUCCGAUCUAAUUCUGGAUUUAUUGUCGCGCGAGCUCGACACUAGACGUCGCGAAUAUUCGACGAUGAAAUAUCGUACACCGUUCACGUUGGCCACACGGUGUUUCGUCGCUCCGCGACUGUUACGAGCAAACCUUUCAACAUCAUGUAAAAAAAAGAAGGCGAGAGAAAAAGAGUGCAGAAACAGGGAAUCGUCGCGUAGAGAGGAACCCUUUCACGGCUUUUCGACGUGCCGCGAGUUACACGGAAAUAUUUCCAGUUGAGCGAUUCCACGAGGAGAGGGUGAAAGCGGAGAAUCCGCGAAACGGGAAUCGAAAUUGUCGAAGGGUUGUAAACGGGUGCAUUGUCCGGGUCCGUGUGCACCCUCGGAGGCACGCAGGAGGAAGAGGAAGAAAAGGCAGGGAGAGAGGGAGGGGUUAGAGCUUAGAACACAACCCUUUAUUUAUUUAGCGCCGCGUCCACGUGUCGUGACGCACCGGGUGCGCGAGCGACGCGCGUUUUCCCCAUUUCGACAGAUUUCACCCCAAAUUUUCAGCUGGCGCGCUGCCUCCCCCUGGCCGAUUUACACAAUAUUUUGGAAAUCCUUUAUAAGAUUUCGCUCUCCCCCUUCUGUAGCCGUCGGCUUAGCUCGUGGACCGGCUAUUGUUAGCCCGCGGCGGCCCCUUUCGCAAUGACCGACCGCGCCAGAUGGUGGAGCGCGUGUGUAUCGCGAGGAGCCAGCGCAAAAAAGAAGUUUGUAAAACGCCGCGGAAUUCGUGAAAUUAGGGUUGACGCUCGUGCGAGGUAAACGUGGAAAACGUCGAAGGACGGCCGCGCACCCUUGCGCCCGACACGUGUCGCGCUUUUUUUCCGCUCUUCUUUAUAAGGAGGGAGACUCGAGAGGAAGGACGCGCGUGAUAGUGAAAGUUAUACGCUUAGAGGGUUUCCCAAAGGGUUGAAGUUUGUUUGGGAUUACAUUGCGCAAAGAACUCCGAAAGUGUCUCGCGUGUAGACUCUUCCACCGAGUGGUUACCCGGAACGUCGCGCGAUUUUCAUCGCGUUCAUCAGUUCAAUCUUUCACACAUCACAGGACGAAAUCUUAAAUUCGCCACGACGCACCGAUGAGAAAUCUAAGUGUAAUUUAGUAACAAUGAAAUUAACGACAUCGUUUGAAGAGCUCGCUUUUAAUACGAGUGAGUCGUUUUCUAAAAGCUAUUAACAUAAUGUUAACAUGACAUUAACAUAAAACCAUUAAUUAACAUAGUAUCAAUACCAAUACAAACAAUGCAGCUUUAUAUUAGCGCGCUUUUGAAUAUUAAAGAUUACCUAAUUGAGCGACACCCAGUCAAAAGAACGACUUGAUCAGUAUUCUCUUUUUUCCUUUAACCUGUGCUUUGUUUUUCAAGCGGAUGGCGACAACGAAUGUCAGACAAUGCUUGUUAGCAACAGUUAGUCGACCAUACCUAUUAAUAACUCGGAAAUCUCCAGCUUGCAUUUGCGUUAAACCUCAACGUGUGACAAUAAUGGCUCUAGAAACGUUAUACAAGCAUCAUUCAUAUUCCGUACACGCAGAAAAAUAUACAGGAUGUCGACGGAAGAAAAGCAAUUCGAUAUUUUAAAAGAAGUCAUGUAGUAAUCAAAUUUUUAUUUAAACCAUUUUCACCCAUAUGCUCCCACAUAAUGCUAAUAACGAUUAUUUUAGUUAUAUAAUCAAUCGAUCACGUUGAAAUAAUUUUGUUAGUUUAUAAAGUAAAUAAAUUAUUUCACGAUAACAUAAAUCGAAAAUAAUAAAUAUGACGAAUUCUUUUCUUUUACUAUACGGUCGUUAAAUUUCCGAAUCGAUUUCCUCGACAUCUCGUAUAGGCACUGACGUUGUAAUAAUAUUAUAAUAAUGUUCGAGUGACGCAAUUGCGGAGUGCUGAUCCUCAGGAAUCGCGUGGCUACCUCAGCAAUGAAUUUUUACAAAUUCGCAUUAUUCAGACAUCUACGAGACGCCGCGAAACUCGCACUCGCGCGCGCGCGAGAAGUGUCGCGAUUAUCACGGCAUUUAUAAGAGGCAACCUUGCGCAACAAGGGCAACGAAGAUGCGCGCUCGCGCAAGCGACUCAGUUCCUAUUAUAUUGUAAACGGCUAGGUUCCUAAAUUGAGCUUUACCGAGCGUCACACCAGGUUAGUCCGGUCUAGUAGACUUGUCGAAGGAAAGGCCCCGAUAGAACUGGACCAACCGUAUCCUAUUCGCGCACGUACAUAGAUAUACGUAAUUUAAUCGAUAAGCGAAAGGAAAGCCCGCUUUACAUCAUAUGGGGCAACAAUGCCUGUUUUACAUAAUAAUUUUGUAGAAAAGAUUAUAUUUACGUAAGGACAAGACGAGCUUAGAAUCCAAAUAUUUCAGCGCUCACCCGCACCGAUGUAAAAUAUUGCACACCAAGAGAAUUUAUAAAAAAUAUAAUAAAGAAAUAUCUCUGUAGCUAUAUAUAUAUAUGUAAGUAGUAAUUUUAUAAAUUCUAUGCAGACAUAUUAAUUUCUCUUAUUUCUGUUUUCAUGAUUUUUCUUUGCAAUGAAGAUUUCAAAGCUUUUGAUAUCAACAUAAUUUUUGCACCUUUGAAAAGUUAUAAGCAAAGUUUCGAAAUUGUACAUAGACUUUCUUUUCGUUUGUCGAUUCGAUUCUGAGCGUAACAGUCCGUGUGCGAACUGCGCGAUAAUGUAAAAUUAGGAACUAUUUUAAGGAAAGACGAAGUAUAAUUAAGAUACGUAAUAUACGUAACGCAUGUACAUGUACGUGUAAGUUUCGAGGAUAAUCAAAAUUAGUGGUUAAAAACUAAUAGGCGAUUCGCGCAAAGUCUAACUGACAGAGCGAUAGGUACAUAAAUUAAAUACGAUCGAUAAGUAUGAUUCAGGGUCCCCUAACUACUUCUUUCCAUGGCCGAUAACGGUAAUAGCAUAAUUAAACUUAUCUACUGGGUAAACAAGAAAAAAGUACAAGCAUGAGAGGACAUCGGGUCGACACAUAACGAAUUAUUAAAUAUAUAUUUACCAAAGUGUGCAUUAGAAGAUGUGUACAUAACAAACGACCGAGAUGAAGAGGCAUCAUAAUAUCUUAUGUUACUUCACAGUGAAGUGUAACACGAGCGACUACUGUGUAAACCUGACGAAAAUCAUAGAAUCAAAAGAUCACGGUCGUACGAUCCCGGCUAACAGAAGCUUGUAAAAGUCGUCUUAAAAACGCCUAACAGAUGUUUAAAGGACGUCUGAAGAAGUAAAAAAGACAUCUUUUGGACGUCUUUCAAAAGUUUCUGCUACUUGGGGCGAAGAAGAAAACAUCUAACUGCGUCUAUAAUUUUGCCUUAUCUUUCGAACAUAUAAAGUUCCCUCCCCCCUCUCCCUGACCGAUUACCAAAGCACAAUUACCCAUCAGAAAUGUAUAACAAUGUACAACUAUGCAAAUGUACGACGAACAUUAUCAGACUAGAACAGAUUCCCCCUAUAUAGCUAAUUCGAUUUUUAUUUUUCUUCUUUUUUUUGUAGCAUUUAGAAUUCUAAAUUCCUCAGGAUUAAUAAUCUCUUCCAACAGGAAUUUCGUAAUGUAAUAAAAGCAGAUGGAUAAUUUUGACUUAAACAGUGCAGUCGCUUAGUAAACACUGACGUUAUUAUUACCUUCGCGAAGAACGGAUGUUAACGUAUCCUGUCGCAAACUUUUGCCAAAGUUCUCCUCGACGACGAAUUAAUUUUCAAACACUCUGCCAACAUUUUUUAUAGAUCGAUAAGACUCGUGUAUAAGUAACGCGUUAACUUUUUUGUACGCGACACGAGCGUUUCAUAAAGGAGGAGAUAUCGAUCGAUUCGUUACGGCAAUCGCUAUUCCCCUCUCAUCCCUUAAGUGUAACGAUAAUUUAACGUAAGAACAGCAGUAAACCAAACGUUCCUAUUAUAAUGCUUUCAUCUAAGUACCGUAUAUAUAUUUAUAGAUAUUUUAUGCGAUAAAAAUUAUAGUAUUUACACCGUAUUCUCUAUAACGUUUUCGUUUUCGUAUUUUCGAGAGAAAUGACGAACGAUAUUAGUUACGUACGAUAAAUUUAGUACGAUUUAUCUGAAACUAAGAAUUAUUGUAUAUCUAUAUCUGUGAAAAAUAUAUAUAUAUAUAUAUAUAUAUAUGUAUAUAUAUAUAUAUAUAUAUAUAUAUAUAUAUAUAUAUAUAUAUAUAUAUAUAUAUAUAUAUAUAAAGAACUGAAAAUACAUAAAAUAUGAUGUGUGCAUGAUUAAAUUAAAUAGAAUGAAAAACUAUUGCGCGAGAGAAUGCACGCGUCUUCUGUAACUGAUUUGUGUAAAAGACUGUAUCAGUUAUUCUUACCCGAAAUCUCAUAUACUUAACGUGUAUGUGUAUAUUUUAAAUACGGACCCCACUUCCCCUCUCUCCCUCUCCCCCAAAACGUAAUAUGCAAGUGUAAUACCUGAAGAUAAAAGCCACUGAUAAGAGAGCUGACUUCUUUUACACAAAUUAGAACGUGAUAUGGACGGAGAGUGCUGCGCUUCGGUGUCAAAAAGUAUUUUUACCUUCGACCGAGAGAUAUUUUUGAAAUUCACGAUGCGAUCAUGACGAUGAUUUGUCGUAUAGAGGUAAUUUCGUUCGUGCAUCACCACGCUCAUUAUAAUGAUAUCUCUCCUCCGUGUGCGACAUUCUUUCGGAGCGGCCGUCGGCACAAUUGCCGACGCGACUGAAGGUACAAAGUGUAAGAAGAGAAGUGGAAGGUAGGAAAUCCAAAAUCAAAAUAUUCAAAAUCAAAAUUACAUUGUAAGUUUAUAGAGAUUCAUUGUUCGUCGAUCGAUAUUAUUUGUUAGCCAAGGAUAGUUGGACACGUCCAAUAAUAUAGUCUAACAAUCAUUAAGCUUGUUGUUCUUUUACCUUUCCAUAUUACCAUUCCACAUUUUUGCUACCGUCUCUAAAACCCAUAAAAUAUAUUUUGUAAUCCUAAC